CAACAGACUCGGCAUCACUCACCCACCCAACCCAGUACCCAAGCCCCAACCUCGCCUCGCCUCGUCUCGAGCCGACCUAACCGCGAACCCCCAACUCCGACGAGAACGACAUGGACGCCGGCGGCGAGGAGGCGAAGCAGGAGCGCCACCUGGUGCUGGCCCACAAGCUCUUCCUCCUCUCCCACCCCGACCUCGACGACCUCGCCAAGGUCGCCCUCCGCUCCGACGCCCUCGACGCCGUCAAGUCCGAUGGCAUGGCGCCGCUGUUCGAGUCGCUGGCCGCCGCGGGCGUCCUGGAGCCGGACGACGCGCUGCUCGCCGAGAUGCGCGCGCGGAUCGACGAGGAGGUCCGCAAGCUCGACGAGAAAAUUGCUGAUGCUGAAGAGAAUUUGGGUGAGAGCGAAGUGCGUGAGGCCCAUCUGGCGAAAUCCUUGUACUUCAUGAGGGUUGGAGAGAAGGAAAAAGCACUGGAGCAGCUUAAAGUUACUGAAGGGAAAACUGUAGCUGUUGGCCAGAAAAUGGAUCUUGUGUUCUACACUUUGCAAAUAGGCCUUUUCCACAUGGACUUUGAUCUCAUCUCAAAAUCCAUUGACAAGGCAAAGAACCUGUUUGAGGAAGGAGGCGACUGGGAGAGAAAGAACCGAUUGAAAGUAUAUGAAGGCCUAUACUUCAUGGCAACGAGAAACUUCAAGAAAGCUGCCAGCUUAUUUUUAGAUUCCAUCUCAACUUUCACAACUUACGAGUUGUUUCCAUAUGAUACUUUUGUCUUCUAUACAGUCAUCACAAGCAUAAUCACAUUGGAUCGUGUAUCUCUAAAACAAAAGGUGGUAGAUGCACCAGAAAUUUUGGCAGUGAUUGGCAAAGUACCUCAUCUAUCUGAGUUUCUGAACUCCCUUUACAAUUGCCAGUACAAGUCAUUUUUUGUUGCAUUCUCUGGCAUGACGGAGCAGAUUAAGUUGGAUCGCUAUCUUCAGCCUCAUUUCCGCUACUAUAUGAGGGAAGUGCGGACCGUUGUCUAUUCACAGUUUUUGGAGUCAUACAAGAGUGUGACAAUGGAAGCGAUGGCCGCAGCAUUUGGUGUGACUGUUGAUUUCAUAGACCAGGAAUUGUCGCGGUUCAUUGCAGCUGGGAAGCUUCACUGCAAGAUCGAUAAGGUUGCUGGUGUUCUGGAGACAAACCGACCUGACGCUAGGAAUGCCUUCUACCAAGCGACCAUCAAGCAAGGGGACUUCUUGCUGAACCGCAUCCAGAAACUGUCACGAGUCAUUGACUUGUAAAUUCAAUGGUCUACGUUGGACGUUGGAGGUGUGAUCCUUCUAGAUCCCUGCAAAGCUCCCCAUGGACAUAAACCGUACUGAAAUUGCUGUUCUACUUGUACUCCUAGGCUCAUGAGAACAUGAUCUUUAUCUCGGUUUGAUUUUAUUGCGGACAGCAAAAAGGUUUUAAAGAGAACCUCCGUGUGCAAUUUCAGUAAGUGUGCUUUAGAUUUGUAGAA